GGCUGGGAGAGAAAGAACAACACGGCGACACCAGCCGAUCCUGGGUCGGCCUCCUCCGCUUGCUGCGGCUGCAGUUGCCGCUCAGCUGAUCCUGGGUCGGCAACAACAGGUUGGGGAGCCGGCGCGGCGAACGGGAGGAGUCUGUCUGCCAAUCACAGCUCACCUGAUGUGAUCUAAGACAACGCCACUGAUUGAACAAGCCGAGGACACGCCCUGGACGGGACGGAUGCUGUAGGCGAGUCUGUGUCGGGAAUGCCGCCCGUCUGGUUCUCCUCAAACGGGUCGGACUCCGCCGACUGGUCUGGAAGUGACUUUUCAAUCGGCGCUCCAAAACGACCCUUUAGUCUUCUCCUCGUCCCGCGGCAGGCAAAAUGGCGCUCAACCUGAGCAAGAACGGCGUUGAGCUGAUGGCGGCCUACAAGGAGGUGGUGGACGGCCGCUCCAACACAAACUGGGCUUUGUUCACCUACGAGGGCAACAGCAACGCCAUCCGUUUGGCGGGAAAAGGAGAUGGGGGACUGGAGGAGAUGGUGGAGGAGUUGAACAGCGGGAAGGUGAUGUACGCCUUCUGUCGAGUACAAGACCCUAAUUCUGGUCUGCCCAAAUACGUCCUCAUCAACUGGACAGGUGAAGGGGUGCGGGACUCCCAAAAAGGCUUGUGUGCCAAUCACCUGAGUUCGGUCGCCAACUUCCUGAAGGGCGCCCACCUAACCAUCAACGCUCGUGACGAGGACGACGUGGAGCCAGACACCAUCUUGUCCAAAGUGUCCAAAGCGUCAGGGGCCAACUACAACUUCCACAAAACAACACAACAGUACGGAGACGUUCCCAGAGGACCUGUGGGUUCCGUUUACCGCAAAAUAAACGCUGUGGACGAAAUUCAUCAAACUGAGAAAGACACUUUUUGGGCUCACGCUCAGAGGGAGGAGGAGUCGCGGCGCCAGCAGGAGGUGAAGAGGGCGGAGCUACAGAGGCAAACCUUGGACAAGGAGAGGAGAGCAAUGGAGGAGAAAGAGGCCAAGGAUAGAGACAUCAGAGUCCACGAGAAAGCCACGUACAUCGACGAGCUAAGAAAAUUGGAGAAGCAAAGAGAAGGAGAAGACAGAGAGAAAGAACAGCUGCGGCAGAAUCAUCAGGAGAAAGAGAACACGAGGACAGGAGGCAACAAGGCCGCCUCGGUGCACGCCGCUAACGAGGCGAAGGCUUUGAUCUCUCAGCGCUCCUUCAACCCUCGAGACGUCUUCAAGCAGCGGGAGCGGAGUUUGGACCUCAACUACGGGCGCUCUUCCUCAGCCCCUAGAGCAGGGAAGCUGCAAAGCCCGUUUUUGUCCCAAACGCCCUUUGAGAGUCCAUCCAUCCUGCGGCCUCAGACUCCGCCUUCCCAAAGACCCUUUGAGGUUCCCACGAGCCCGCGGGCGGAGACUCCGCCCUUCCAGAAACCCUUUGAGGUUCCCACGAGCCCGCGGGCGGAGACUCCGCCCUUCCAGAAACCCCUGGAAAUCCAAAGCCCUUGGACUCCGCCCUCCUCGUCUUGGACUCCGCCCUCUUCUUCUCCUCCUGCCAGGAACUCGCCCGACAUGUAUCGCGGCGGCUUCUCCUAUACAGCGCCGCCAGUCGUCCCCGCCGCAGACGCGGCCGAGGACGACGAUUGGUCGGACGAGUCCGACAACGACCUCUACGAAGCCUCGCCGCGUGCGGCGUUCGUCGGCAGUCUCGAAAAGACGCUGGCGGCGCCCCCUGCUGACAGGAUGUUUCCUCUACGCACAGAAGACAACACGUACCAGGUGCCGCGGGCUGUCGGCGAGCGCCAGGUCUUUGAUGACAUCAUCCAGGACGCCAACACGGCUGAAGUUGACGAUGGAGGUCAAAACAUUUGUGCCAAGGCCGUCUACGACUACCAGGCUGCUGAUGACACAGAGAUCACCUUUGACCCGGGUGACAUCAUCAAAGGGAUUCAGAUGGUGGAUGAAGGCUGGUGGCGAGGCUACGGACCCGACGGCCAUUACGGCAUGUUUCCCGCCAACUAUGUUGAACUGUUGUAACUUUGGUCUAAAUAAAUGUUGUCUUAUGACUUGAUCGUAUUAUUCCAUUGAAGUGCCGUAGCUCGUAAGUUUUUGGUGACAUGAUGGAUAAUUGUUUGAUCAAUUGGUUUAUGAUGGGUGGGAGGAAAGUGCGUGUUGAUGACAAGAAGUGGAUAAUGUUUAUGAAAAUAAAGAUAGUGAAGCAAAUGUUGUUUUGCUGUGAACUGAAAAUGUUGUACAAAAUCCAAAACCAGUGAAGUUGUCACGUUGUGUAAAUGGUAAAUAAAAA